UUUCCAACCGUGCGGGUGGCCACGCGCGUGCCAAUAAGAACUCCAAACAAGAAAUUGGAAACCAACAAUGAGAUUUUCGCAAAAUAACACUUAAAUCAUAAAAAAAAAUAAACAACACAAAACAAAGCGUGCCAAGCUGUGCGAGUGCGAGGAACACAACAACAUUUAGGAUUUGUCUUCUAUGGAAUCCAAUUCACAACGCAUAGAGCACUAAAGCUGCGCCCAUCGCACUACACUUUGGAUAAGCAACUUGCUAACCAAUUCAGGUAUGUGGCGACCUUGACCAACGACGACUUCGUAAUUGGUGUUUUAACAUCUUCAACAUGCGCUUUGAGCCGCUGGGUCAGAAAAUGUUUACACGCCGCAAUUGGCUGUUGCGCUGCAGCAUACUCAUCAACGUAGCCGUCCUACUGUACAUAGGCUGCAUUCUGAUGAAUGGCGGAGGCAACAAUUUCACCAGCGGCGGCGGCUUCAUGUUGCAGGAGCAACAACAGCCAGCGGCAGCCUCCCUGCAGGCUUCUCCCUUGCUGCCACAACAGCAGCCCACGCCGAAAAAUGUGAAUUCAGAGGCGGCCUUUGCAGAGGACAAGGUGCUCGCAGCAGCCACAGGCAAUGCCAAUUCGGAGCCUGUGGCAGCUGCGGCUCCUCCGCCCCCAGUGGUCAACGACAGCGGUGGCGGUGGAGGUGGCAGCGGCUUGCAGCCCAAUUCAGCUGAUCCUGGUCAGGUUGUGGGCAACAUCGGAGUCGGCGGCAGCAGCAGCAGCGCUGCCGCAGAGCUCAACAAUACACAGCCGGACAGCUACAUAGUCACCGGCGACGAGAAGGAGCUGGACGAGCGCGUGCGGACGCUGCUCAACUGCUUUGAGCACGACUACAACCAGCAGACGCUACAACGCGGUGACUUCUGGGUGCUGCAGAACUAUGUGAGGGCCGAUCAUGGCGAACUCAAGUGCCACGAGUCCAUUACCUACACAACGCACGCGGACUACACCUUUCUGGACAAUCUGGUGCCGCUGCUGGAACGCUGGAACGCACCUAUUAGCAUAGCAAUGCAUGCGCCCGGCACGGACUUCCAGCCCACACUGGACUCCAUCAAGUAUCUGCGGGACUGCGUGCCUGGCAACCAGCUGGUGCGCUCCUUUGCCACUUUUCACGUCUACUUUGGCACCAAGCACAUACCCAAGAGCGUGCCCAAGGCACAGGAUGCGCUCAAGACCGGCUACAACUGUUCGCUGCCUGCGCCGUACUUCAAUGUCAGCUCCGGGCAUCUGUACAAGGCGCAGAAGAAGCUACUCUACCCAGUCAACGUGGGUCGCAACAUUGCACGCGAUGCGGCGCUCACACACUUUAUCCUCGCCUCGGAUAUUGAACUGUAUCCGAAUCCCGGACUGGUCAAGAAAUUCCUUGAGAUGAUUGCUCGCAACGAGCAGUAUCUGCGGCGGAAGGCGCCCAGAGUAUUUCCGCUCAGCAUAUUCGAGGUGGAUGAGAAUUCACCGGUGCCGCACGAUAAAACAGAGCUGCAGGAGUUUCUGCGCACCGGCAAGGCCAUACCCUUCCACAAGCGAGUGUGCGCCAGUUGCCACGGAGUGCCCAAGUCCAAGGAAUGGAUGGCUGCGAAUGAGACGGACGAGCUGAGUGUGUUUCACAUAGGCAAACGCACCGGCUACUAUGUGCACUGGGAGCCCAUCUACAUUGGCACCCAUGCGGAUCCCCAUUACGAUGAGCGGCUCAGCUGGGAGGGAAAGAGCGACAAGAUGACGCAGGGUUACUCGCUGUGCGUGCUGGACUACGAGUUCCACAUACUGGACAAUGCAUUUCUGGUGCACAAGCCGGGCAUCAAAGUGCUGAAAAAGGACAAUCGGCGGGCGAUGCUGGCGGGCAAGACGAAUCAGUUGAUACGCAAGAUCAUAUAUCCGGAAUUGAAGAUCAUGUACGGCAUGCGCAAGGGCUGUGCGAUAUAGUAACUAAUCCUGAAGCACAGUUGAGCACCGACUUCCUCAAGCGAGACGUUUGCGAAAAGACUACAACAACAACUACUGAAAAAACAAAAACAGCUAAGCACACAAUUUAUAUUCGCAAUGCUAUAGAAGCCGAUGCCGAUGCCGAUGUCGAAGCCCUUCUAUAGACUACUAUUUCGGAGGCCUUUCCUAAUGGCAUUAGCAUUGUGUGUGUGUGUGUGUGUGUGGGUGUGUGUAUUUAACGCCUAGUUAGUGUUAGUUAGUUAGCUUAGGUUUAGAGAAUUACUUAGGUUUAUAGACCAGAAGAGUUCGGAGCGGGUGUUUUUCUACUCUAUGCAUAAGCGAAGCCUUAGGAGCACGGCUUAAGUACGUUAAACGUAGCUAGUUGUUGGUUCUUUUUGUAAAUGCUGAUUAAAGUUAGUUAGCCAGGAGCUGCCAUACAGCUGGAAUGGGUGAGUCCUCACCGGAAACAGCUCAAGAGUUUUCUUAAGCGCUUUGAUCUUCACAUUGGCUCAUAUCAUUUCAAGCAAUGCGCCAUCCACACAGAUCCGAGGCAGGAAUCCCAUUGGGACUGCAAAAAAUGCCUCUGCUGUCCAGUGGCUGCAUUGCCCUUGUGCUCACGGGCAGUCAUUAUGAUUUAGUUUAAGUCCUACUUCCAAUUUUUAUUUAAGCCAUUUAAUUUAUGUCCUGUCUAAGUUAGUUAGCAGAUUUAUCGUGAAUGGAAUUUCAUUACAAUUAGUUACAGUUAUGUCUUAAUUUCUGCUUCCCUUCAACAAUUUUCUUGGAACACUCAAGUAUUUUUACCCAUUGUCCCCGUAACGAAGAACAUACCAUUUUUUGUAUACCAGCUGCCAUCAAAUGGUUGUUAGGUGGAUUAGCUCUUCAAGAUAUUUACAUACUAUAUAUAGAGAUUCCUAGCCACAAUAGUCUAACCAUUUAUAUUUGUAUGUGGGUCACCAACUGGACCGUCUACCGUCUUAAGUUUCAAAGCGAAUAGAAUGGGCAACAAAUAGGUUUAGAAACUAGUUGAAACUAAUUUCAAAAUUAGACAGCCAAGGUUUAAUUAUUACAAGAAUUAAAUAGACUUGAGAAAUUGCAAAAAAGAAUUAAAAACGUUUAAACUUAGAAUGCUGAAAAAUGAAAAAUUACAUACGUAUAAUGCGUACAGACUUACGAGUAUCUAGAGAACUAAAAGAGAAUAUAACAAAAUACAACUAUACAAAUCUUGGGAAUGAAGUUCAAGUUAAUGCCUAAAAUUAAACAAUUAACAAAACAAUUAAUUAAAAAUACGUUUUAAAGCGUAAUGCGUAAAUGCAAACCGUGAUAUUUGUACUAGUAAAGGCGAAGAUUAAUUUGAGCAUUAAUUAAAUUUAAUUAAAACCUAAGCAGUAAGAGACGAACCGAAUUGAAAUCAAGCUAAAAACAUACUGAAAAUCAUAUGCAUUAAACUAGUUUUGUAUAUGCUUUUUUUUUUUAGUGUUGAACUUAAAGUCAAACUUGUGCACAUAUAAAUGUUAAAAACAUAACGAGGAAUAUAUAGACAAACACAUGCUAAAAUCUUGGCAUAAGGGGUUUGUUGUUCAGGCCUUAAACCCACUAUAUAGAAAUUAAAGGGCGCUUUUUUGUUGGGAGUUGACAGUUGGAAAUGUGACAAUUGCCGAAGCAAUUGUGAAUUGUGAAAAUGUGAAAACAUUUUUGAGAGUGUCUUGGGAACAACAUACAAAAAAAAAAAGAAAAAAAUCAAUUGGUGUUUGUAUCUAUUGUAUGUCUAUCUAUAAGUCUACAAUUAAAUCAGUUAGCAGUAACUUUUCAAUUCGCUAAACAAUUUUAUGCGCUCAACUGUUACAAAAAGUUAGUACAUCCAGAUAAAUUUCAAUUAGCCAGACAAAAGUAAAAUCCCAAUAAAUAUAAAUUAAAAAUCAAUAUCAAAUAAAUAAAAUAAAAACUAUUGAGAAAGUAGCUUAAAUAGACCCAAAACAAAACUGUUACAAAAACAUAAAAUUAAAAAAAAAAAAAACAUAUAUUAUUGAUAAAGUAUUAAAGUGCCUUAGAGAUCGAAAAGAAAUAAGAAAAAGAAAAAUAUAAAAGAAAAAAAAACGUAGGUAAUGCGGCAGUGAAUUGUAUUUUCGUUGUAUUUUUAUAAAUAAUUCACAGACACCUUUUGUUGUGUUGGCUUAUCGGCAUUUUGUUCAGGCCAAAUUACAUAAGUGUAACACGAUUUUCGUAAGAAACAAAGAGCAUUAUUUUUGUAUGUAAAUAAUUAAUAGUAAUUAAUUAUAUAUAAAUUCAUGUAUUGUGUACAUCAAAGUGAAUUAAGCUAUUUGUACAUAUAUGUAUGUGUGUGAGAAUUACAACAAUUGAUUUACUUAAACAAAACGUUUUGUUAUGGUUUUCAGAACGACUUGAUAUUUAAGCUGCAGUUAGUCGAAGUCAUGCACUAUUGAAUGAGUCUUCUUAUAGCUAGCCUGCCAAUAUUAUGUUUAAAAAACUAUUAUUAUACAAUAUUAUUAUUUUUAUUUAAUUGAAUAUUACAUAUUACUGUCCAGCACUAGGAAGUAUUUUCAUUAUCGUAAAUCUUUAUUAGGCCAUAAAUAUAACAAAGUCCACUACAGUCCUAGGCCUUUUAUAUAUUCAUUUGAGCACAGCAUUUAAUCGCUUCAAUCUUUAUUUGAUUUCUAAGAUUUUUGGCGUGAACUACGCGACAAUUGCUGAGCAAGGACUAUUAGCUGAAAUGUAAGAAAGUUCACAAACUGAUGUGAAAUAUAUCUACGCAUAAGUAUUGUAAAAAUAAAAAUAAAAACAGUUUAAAAUGAAA